CCCGACCCGGGGCCCGGAGUCCUACCUGCGCUGCUGCGGCAGCUUCGGAGAGACCUGGGAACUCGCGCGGAGAGCCUGCGGGGGGCGAUGGGCCACUGCCGGGGCGCCCGCGGGGAGGUGGCGCGGUGAGCAUCCUCCGGCUUCGGAGCGGAGGUCCGUGCCUCCACCUGCGCGCGCCGGCCCUGAGUCCCGGACGCUGCGGCUCUCUCCGGUCUUCACAAGCUAAGAUAAUUUUUUGCAACUGCAGACAUUUUUGGCCCUCGCUACAAAUGGGAAUUUGGAGUUGCUCUGAAAUCCAUCCUGAAAUAAUUGUGCUUGACUGGAACCAAAUCUUAUGAAGUCACCAAGGAUGAGAGUCUCUGCUAAGUCAGUGUUGCUGUCACACUGGCUCCUUCUGGCCUAUGUGCUCAUGGUGUGCUGCAAGCUGAUGUCCGCCUCGAGCCAGCACCCCCGGGGCCACGCGGGUCACCAUCAAAUCAAGCAAGGGACCUGUGAGGUGGUCGCUGUGCACAGGUGCUGUAACAAGAACCGCAUAGAAGAGCGGUCACAAACAGUCAAGUGCUCCUGCUUCCCAGGACAGGUUGCUGGCACAACUCGGGCUCAGCCUUCUUGUGUUGAAGCUUCCAUCGUGAUUCAGAAAUGGUGGUGUCACAUGAAUCCUUGCUUGGAAGGAGAGGAUUGCAAGGUGCUACCAGAUUACUCAGGUUGGUCCUGUAGCAGUGGCAAUAAAGUCAAAACUACAAAGGUAACACGGUAGCAAAAAGAGUUGUGCUUGAUCCUGGAGGAGCGCCAGGAUGCAGAGGUCUCUUAUUUUGGAUUACUGUCCUGGCUGGUUUGUGGGAAACCGUCUUGGAUUUCAGCAACAUCACAUUUGCCUAAGUGUGAGUUAAGGAGUGUCAUUUACUUAACUGUCUCAGCCCUCUCCGCUUCAUGAUUUUAUUACAUUGAAUUAUAGCCAUGGGCUGCCAACAGUUCACAUCUGAUCUGGAUCCCAAGGACCAUACCUCCAAGAAACCCUGGAGGAACAAAGCAGAGUCUUCAAAAUGGAUCUCCACUCCGGUCUUCCAUGUCUUUCUGCCUUCACAAAGGAAUGUGGACAGGUUCACAAGGUCCUUAUUCUGUUCCUCUUUUGAACUUUUCCUGUAGACCUUGCAUUGAAGUGGUUUGAAAGGGGGGGUCUCAGCACCAAAACAUUUUGGCAAAACUUAUUUGCAGAUGUAGAUUAAUGAACUCUAACUGGUGAAGAAAAUUUAUUUUAUAAAUAUUGAUGAAUAGACUUACUGGGGUUACUGUGUGUGUAUUUGUAUUUUUUGCUUUAGAGGGUUUAAAUGUUUGCCUUUUAAGUUCUAUUGUCAGGUUAGCAGAAAUAAAAUAACAUUUUAACUUCUGUGCACCUUCUUACGGAGUGCUAAGGAAGUAUAUCUCAACUCCAAUAUUUUAUAAACCAAAGCUUGAUCAUGACAUAUUCACAAAAGAAAUAAAACCUGUUGGGAUUUUUAUGGCUUAGGUGUAGUCAUAAAGAUAAACAUUUAAAAUAUAAAACAGUCUCUGUUUAGAUCAAGGGUAAUUUCUGAGACCCAGUUUAUGUCAAUUAUAUUAAAAUAUUUUGUUAACUCUUAGAAGUCUUGAAAUGUUGUAUUUUUAGGAUG